GUAUUGCAACAAGGUAAAUGCAUGCAAACCAGAUGUUGUUAUAACAUAAGGAUGGACAUACUUCAUAAUGAUGUUUUUAAUUAAGCAUGUUUUCUCUUGAUACUCACACUUGCCUACAUAAACACACCCUUGGCAAUUAAAUCUGUUUAUUUUUUUAUGUACCUUAAUGAAGCUUGUAUUCAUACUCUGUCAGUUGUCAGUAUGUUUUUGUCUCAGUAUUUUCUGAAGCCAAAUCUCUCAGACUCAGACAGAAGAGUUUGGCCUGUCUGCGGCCUGCCCAGCCUGCUCUCAGUAAAUCAUGACCUGUACUUCAGCUUACACACAGGUGUCAUCUAGCCUCCAUGCACGCAAACACUUCACAGCCAAAAUCAGUUUAUACACUAGGUGAAGGAUGGAAAAGUGUCUGCGAGCGAUCACGUGAAGAGCCGCCUUGUAGUUCUAGCCAAUUAGCGUGUGCCUGCAGGGCUUAUCCUCCUCCUCGAACUCAGUCACACACACUAACGCACUCAUACACACAAAUAACACACUUGCACACACUUCCCAUCCCACUCUGUUUAACUUUAGUAACCUACUCAGCCUUGAGAAAUCCUCUUUCUAAUCUGGGUUCUCCCCGCCCAUCCCAAUCCUCCCGCUCUUCUCGGCUCUCACCUGCUAGCAUGCUGAACAAGAUGUGGACUGUGAGGCACUUUUCUUGCUUUUAUUGGUUUUCCUUGAGGACUGAUAAAGGAGUUUUUGUCCACUGAUGGUCAAGUGGGAUCUGAUGUGUGUGAGUGUGUGUCCGUGCUGGUCAUCUGACUGAAGGAUGUAUCGUCUGCUGGUGGCCCAGGUUCUACUGGGCUGCUGGAUUGUGGCACAACCCUUCUGUCCUUCCCAGUGCACCUGUGUGUACCACGGGCGCAGCGAUGGCACUGGUAGUAGGUCUGUUCUAUGCAAUGACCCUGACAUGUCAGAUAUUCCGGUCAACGUCCCUGUGGACACGGUGAAGCUGCGGGUGGAGAAGACAGCUGUGCGUCGAGUGCCCACCGAGGCCUUCUAUUACCUGUCCGAGUUACGCUACCUGUGGAUAACAUACAAUUCAAUCACGUCUGUGGAUACUGGCAGUUUCUACAAUCUGAAAGUUCUUCAUGAGCUACGGAUGGAUGGGAAUAUGAUCGCUACCUUUCCCUGGGAGUCUCUGAAAGAGAUGCCCAGUCUCAGGACCUUGGACCUGCACAACAACCGCUUGACUAGUAUUCCUGUGGAGGCAGCACCUUACUUGGUUAACAUCACCUACCUAGACAUUUCUAGUAACAAGCUAACUACCCUUCCUUCUGACCUGGUGGACAUCUGGCCUCCAUUUUCAGGCAUCCUGCCCAGUGCCAAUGCAUCACAAAAGAUUGUUCUUGGUUUACAGGACAACCCCUGGUACUGUGACUGUCGGAUUUCCAAGCUCAUUGAGUUGUCUAAGAUGGCCAGCAUACCUGUGGUGUUGAUGGAUCAGGUUCUGACAUGCAGUGGACCAGAGAACUUAGCUGGUGUUCUGUUCCAGCGGGCUGAACUUGAUCAGUGCAGCAAGCCAUCAGUCAUGACUUCAGCAACUAAGAUCACUUCACCACUGGGCAGCAAUGUGCUUUUGCGGUGUGACGCCACUGGUUUCCCUACUCCCACCCUUCUCUGGACCAGAGCUGAUGGGACGACGCUCAACGUCACAGUUGUGCAGGAAUCUCCAGGCGAGGGGGUCCGGUGGUCCAUCCUCAGUUUGCACAGUAUCGUGUUUAAGGAUGCAGGCGAUUACCGCUGCAAGGCCAAAAACUUCGCAGGAAAUGCAGAGGCAUACAUCACCCUGUCUGUGGAUGGGGUGCAGGCCUCAACGCUGUCCCCACCGGUAAACAUAACCAAGUGGCCUGACGAUCAACCCGUGACUUCUUUUGCUGGGACUAAGAUGCCACUGUAUACUACCUUAAGCCCUGCUCUCACAACCAGAGCCGCCAUGACCACAGUUCCACCACCGACAACCAGGAAGAGUCCGGGACCAGGUGGAGGAAUUCAGAGGUCUCCACCGGCUGGAGACAAGCCAGCUACGAUCCAGCAAAGCAAGGGCGGUAAAGGUUCACUGCAGAGUGAAAAGUCCAAAAAGAAAGCUGAUCUCAAAGACAUUGAGGUAGUGGAGGAGACAAGUGACACCGCGGUCUUACUAUGGAGAGCUGAAGGUUUGCCAAGCGACUCGCCCGUAACAGUGUUCUACUUUCCAUAUGAUGCGAAAGACGAUAAGGAGACGGUCGAUACAGAAGUUGGUCAAGGGAAGCUGCUCUUGGAGUAUCUGAUGCCUAACCAGGUCUACACGGUGUGUUUGGUUACUAAGGAUUCGGUGGCUGGGAAAGAGCAAUGUGUGGAUUUCACUACUCUGGAUAACGGUGUAGAAGUUGGGCAGAACAAAAUCCUGAUGAUCGCCAGUGGGAUCGCAUGCGCAGUCGCGGUGCCUCUCAUUGUGGUGUUGCUCUACAAGAUCGUAUGUCUCUGCUGUAAAGGAAACAGUAGCAGGAACAAUGGACCAGACGAUGACCUUUCAAAAGAGAUGUACGUAAAGUUCGAGACGCUCACUAUGAAACAAAGGACCUUGAACGGCCAGGCCAAUGAUCUUUGGGCACGAAGGCAGACUCAGGAGUCAGAGAGGAUGCUCCUGUGCUCACGGUCAAGCAUUGACUCUCAAAUGACAUACAAGAGUGACAGCUCUAGAUCCGAGUAUCUGUGCUAAUGUAUAGCAUAUCGGCUUUGUGUGUUACUUGGUAUUACUUGGUAUUAGACAAGCUGUGGCAACAUCAGUUUUAAAAGAUUAGCUCUUAAUACGUUGUCAAACUCAUUGCCUUACAAGACUUAUCUUGACCCACAAACUGUAUUAUUGCCCAUUUUUCGAAAGCCAUAUUCUUCACCCAGUCACACACAAUUCUGUAUUUGUUUGUUGUUGUUGUUGUUUUUAUGAAAUACAGUGUACAUAAAUGUAAACGUGCAUUUUUGUGUAGCCUACUUCAAUAUAUGAUGAAGUAGCGUUACCUAUUAUAAGUCAUGGAAAUUUUAAUUAAACCUUUCUACUGCCUAAAUAAAGAAUUAAAUUUUUUCCUCAGCAGGAACCAUUGAUAUUUUUGUGCUAUGUGCUGCAACAGAAAAGUUAACACGCCAAAUUUACGAUAGGCACCAGCUUCUCUUACGUUUGGUUUAAAUUUACAUUAUGUCAGAAAAGGAUCAAACCAAGCAAAACAGUUUCUUUGUUACAAUAUCAUAUAAUAACAUUUCUGAGAUGAUGUGUGGGAGUAUGAAUGAUUAUGCAACAUGUGCAUUUGAUGUUUCAGUCCUCUUCUUAUUUUUAUGUCUUUUCUAUCUUUCUACCUCUCUAUCUUUUGUUUAAUUGUACAUUUAUAUGCAAUGUUUGUGUAAAUGUAUGUUUAUGUGUUGUAAAUCCUUUAUGUGUGCCAUGCAUGCCACUUAAAUGUUCAUAUUCGCAUUUUCUUCUAUUAGAAUGUAUAAACAUUAGUGUCAUUUGCAAUUCAAGAUAUAGCAUGAGCAUAAUUUAGAAUUUUCUAUAAAUUAAAGAAUCCUGAAAAAACUGAUCACAACUUCCACAGAAAAAUAUUAAACUAUACAACAGUAAUUUAAUUACUACAUUAAUGUAUGUUUCUAGAGCUCCAAAUCAGCAUAUUUGAAUGAU